AUGACCGGGACCCCUGAUACCUCGGAGACGGGUAAGACCGCAGCACCUGAGCUGCCGGCGCUGCAGGAGUUCACGCUAGAAGACGUGAAGCCACACAACACGGCGGAAGAUUGCUGGAUGGUGAUUCGUGACGGGGGGAUCCGCAAGGUCUAUGACGUGACGCGUUUUCUGGACGACCACCCGGGCGGACCAGAGAUUAUGGUAGACGUGGCUGGACAGGACGCGACCGACGAGUUUGAGGACAUCGGGCACUCCAAUGACGCGCGUUCGCAGCUCAAGAAGUUCGAGAUUGGCAAGAUCAAGGGUGACGUGGUCGAGGCAGUGGCUACGAAGGCUAGUGGUAGUGGGAGCUCGACCACCUUCAGUGGUCGACAGGACAUUAGUGGGCAAAACGGUCCGCUCUAUACCGUGCUAGUAGCUGUAGUGGCUAUUGCUGUGGUCUACUUUAAAUACUGUUGCUUCAACGAAGUACCUGAGAAAAACGCGCAGUAG